AUGUACCAAUUUCUAAAAACAGAUAUAAGAUACAUGCACAAUUUGGGGUGUAUUAACAAAACAGAAUAUGACAAAUUGUUAAAGACAAUUUCCUAUCUAUGGAUCUCAUCACCUCUUACCUGCAGGGGCAGCUGUGAUGGCCUGGAAGCCAUCAGAGCCUCUUCUGCUUCCUCCUCCCAGGACUGUGCUCAGGGCACAGAAGUGUCUGUCUGCCUUGCCUCCAAGCUACAGUGCAAGGCUGGUGCCUCAACUGCUGCUGGCCUGGACAUGAAACCACUGGAUCUACCUGCUCUAUUCUCCCUGGUGUUGGUGAUCUACAUCACCUAG